GCAUUUGACAUCUCUGUCGGCAUGGCGGACUCAAAUGCAAGAAAAAUAGACAGUUUUGGCAACCGCCAUUUAUGGCAGUUUAUCAGUGGGACAGGCAUCCUCAGGCCAAGGGAGCUGAUAAAGAGGGAAAUGACAAGAAAUACAGAGAAAAUUUUAAAUGGCCUGUUGUUUUAUAAAAAGCCCAGGGCACCUCAAGGGGAUUUGCUGAAAGACAAAAAUCUACAAAAACAACAGAAAGACUUUGUUCUCAAGUUAACAACAUUCUUGAACUUAGAAGAAGAUCAGAGCUAUGAGGUGUUCUUUUCUUACCUUUCCCAGGAUUUUAGAGGCUCUGAAAAAAAUCUGCAGCUGUGUCUAAGUACUGAAAGACAUAGUCAUGCGUUUAUGGUAAAGAUACGUGACUUUUACCACAGUGAACGGUUAUACUUACUGCAGUGUAUCCUACAUAUUCUUACAUUCUGGUCGGAGUCGGAAAACCACCCAUACAGGGAGGAGUACACUGUUUUUGUGAACAUUUUGUUGAAGGACAAUGAGCUGAUAAAGAAGCUGUUAGAACAGGUUGACCUAUUGUGUGAUGAACCACUCCCUACUUGGGAAACACACGGAACUCUAAUGAAUGAAAGACAGGCUUUGGUAUGGGCGCAUCAAAAUAUGAAAGAACAAAAUGAACUGUUAAAGAUACUUCUAGUGUAUUGGAAGGAAUUUGAAGCCAAUGCACCAGACUUCAACAGAUUAUUAGACAAAUUUAAGAGGCAAGGUUUUGGUAGAAGACAGUCGUACAAACACAUCCUUGACGAGUCGUUUGAUAGAUUAACAAAACAAAUUGGGUCAUUAGAAGUUCUGGUGCUACUUCAAGCCAUGGACAUGGAGACAGUGGAGAGGCUGAGCUAUACUAAAUGUUUCGAUGAUCACAGUUUGUUAAAGGACAAAGCAACAUUCCAGUCUGUAGAAAAUUCAAUGCAAUUACUGGGCUCGGAUCAGCCACAUAGUCCUUUACUGCUCAGUUGGGCUGUGAUCAGACAGCUGUACCUGGAAGGAGAUGGGGCAAAUAUAACAAGGAAGUAUGGGAACCAGGCAUUACAACUGUAUGUGUUCAAUUUUCUCUCUGAGAUGCUGGACUUGGAACCAAUCUCUGGAAAAUCUAUAACAGCUUCACUUUCCCACUGUGUUAUUUACACAGUUUUAUUAGCCGCCCUGACAGCCUUCGAUGAAUCAACAUUGACCAGAAAUAAUUCGGAAAUGCAGGAUUUAUAUGAUAUCACCUGUAAAUUGAUGGGGAGAGAUUUCAUUGCGGGCAAUGUUUGGAAAAAGGGAUUAGAGCAAGGUGUAGGGAACAUGUACCAGUCAGCUUUACUCAACUUCCCGCUGGAUUUCUCAACACUUGUGAAACUAAGUACAGCCUUAGCCUCAGCCAAUGCUGACAGUGCAUCUAAGGUUUUGGAGUUGUGGUCAGAACUACCAAGGUACACAGAAUAUCUGGAUAGGAACAGUUCACAUGACCUCAGAUUUCCCAGUGACCCUUGGUUGCCAGUUGGAAAAGGGAUAAAACCCCCCUAUGGUGCUGUGGGAAAUUUUUUAUAUAGUGUAUUAUAA